UUCCAUUUCAGCUGUAAAAGUAAUAUAAACAUUUAAUAUCUAUUAAGGAACAACGUGGUUUAAAUUUACUGUUGAUCUUGUGUUAGCUUACCUAAAUGUUAACUAACUUUUAAUUAAUUAUUACUUUAGCAUAUAAAUAUUUAUAUACUGAAUUUGUGUAGUUGUUGGUUCAAUUUUGUAGGUGUAUAAAUACGUAUAGAAGUUAUGGGUAAAAAUAAAAAAAAAGGUGCAUCACGCAUUGAAAAAGCAACUGCCAAAAGAGAAAAAAAGAUUGCCCAGCGAAUCAAAAAGGAUAUUGGAAGAAUUGGAGAGCCAGAAGUAUCUACUAUUGUGGCUCAUAUUGAAGCUAAAAGCAAAGCAAAAGUUAAAGUUACAGAAACAAAAAUUGAUAAUCCUUCACGCCGAUCAAAUUUUACAUUUGUUCCGCAUCCAGAUAAAGAUGAAAUUAUAUUAUUUGGUGGUGAAUUUCACAAUGGAAAAAACACCAUUAUGUACAAUGAUUUAAUAUUUUACAAUAUAAGUCAUAAUACAUGGACAUUAGUGGAUGCUCCUGGUGCACCGCCUUCAAGGUCAUCUCAUUCUGCUGUAAGUAUUGCUACAGACAAUGGACAGUUGUGGAUUUUUGGAGGAGAAUUUGCUAGUCCUUCGGAAUAUCAAUUUUAUCAUUAUAAUGAUUUAUGGGUUUUUGGACUGAAAAAUAAAAUUUGGACGAAAAUAAUGGCUCAAGGAGGGCCUUGUGCACGUAGUGGUCAUAGAAUGGUACUCAACAAACGUCAUUUAAUAUUAUUUGGUGGCUUUCAGGAUAAUACUCAUAAUUAUCAAUAUUUUAAUGAUUUAUAUGCAUUUAGUUUAACUGAUUAUAAGUGGAAAACUAUUAAAACCACAGGACAAGCACCAUCACCAAGAUCAGGUUGUCAGAUGUUUGCCAUGGAGGAUGGUAGAAUUAUUGUGUAUGGUGGUUAUUACAAAGAAAAAAUUAAAAAAGAUUAUGAUAAAGGAACUAUUUUAAUUGAUAUGUUUAUGUUAACUCCUGAAAAAGGUGAUACAGAUUUUUCAAACUGUCGCUGGUCAAAAGUAAAACAAGCUGGUUUUUUACCUACUGCUCGAUGUAGUUUAUCUGGUACACCAAUUCCAGGACACAACAGAGCUUAUUUAUUUGGUGGCGUUUAUGAUGAAGAACAGGGAGAAGAUGAUUUAACUAGUACAUUUUAUAAUGAUCUGUUUAUGUUGGACAUGGAGCAAAAUAUACCAACUUGGAGAUUAAUUUCAGUCAAAGAACAAAUAAAUAAACUAGAAUCGGAGGUUGCCCAAAGUUCAAUAGAUUUAGAAUCUCCAUCUCCAAGGACACAUAGUGGAUUAGCAUUUAAACACAAUACUUUAUUUAUUUACGGGGGUAUUGUGGAAAAAGGUUCUAAAUCAUUGACACUUAAUGACUUCUAUUCCUUAGAUAUUAAAAAGUUAAAAAAAUGGAAUGUUAUUUGUAAUGACAAUUUAUUGAAGUCUGUGACUUCAGACAGUAGCUCUGAUGAUAGUAUGUUAACUGAUGAAACUAGUUCAGAAACUUCAGAUUCUGAUGCAUCAUCAGAUGAACAAAUGGAUACUGAUUAA